AUUCCGAAACACUGAAGCCCUGUGCUAUCAAAAAGAGAUCUGAAAAUAGAUCAGUCCCGACUUCCAGUUUUUUUUCUGUAUAUUUUUGCCUGAAGAUAAAUGAUUAUUUCCAAUUCCUGUUUGUCCAAUUCCGAAGCAAAAAUAAAAUCCACCCCCCUUGGAGGACUCUACCGAGUCCUCUCUUCACUCGCCUCCCAACCGGAAGUGGCCUAUGUAACUCUGACUCUUUUGUCGCCGGAUAUAGAAGGAGGAACUUCCGCCUCGUUCCUUUUUACUUUCUUUCGUUCUCUCUCCCCGGCUCGCCGGCCGUUGAUUGCAGCAACAAGGAAUCAAGAUGGCGACGGCGGGCGGAGAUUGCGACGUGAUUAUGGCGCCCGCGGCACCCCCAGCGGUAGCUUCACAUUCCGCGAUGCCGCUGAUGUUGAGCGAGGAGGACGAGGGGACGCGCAGAGAAGCAGAGUCCUUCAAGGAGCAGGGAAAUGCAUUUUAUGCCAAAAAGGACUACAACGAAGCAUACAAUUACUAUACAAAAGCAAUAGAUACAUGCCCCAGCAAUGCCAGUUAUUAUGGAAACCGUGCUGCCACUCUCAUGAUGUUAGGCAAAUUUCGGGAGGCCCUGGGGGAUGCUCAGCAAUCAGUCAGAAUGGAUGAUAGCUUUCUGAGGGGACAUUUAAGGGAAGGAAAAUGCCAUCUAUCUCUGGGGAAUGCCAUGGCUGCCAGUCGCUGCUUCCAACGAGUUAAAGAAUUGGAUGAUAAAAAUGCACAGGCAGAGCAAGAGCUGAAGUGUGCCAAAGCUGUUCUAGAUUAUGAGAAAAUUGCUGAAGUUGACUUUGAAAAACGGGACUUCCGAAAGGUUGUCUUUUGUAUGGAUCGUGCUCUAGAAUUUGCCCCUGCCUGUCACCGGUUCAAAAUCCUCAAAGCAGAAUGUUUAGCUUUGCUAGGUCGCUAUUCUGAAGCCCAGUCUGUUAUAAGUGACAUCUUGCGAAUAGAUGCAACAAAUGCUGAUGCUCUCUAUGUCCGAGGACUUUGCCUUUACUAUGAGGACUGCAUCGAGAAGGCUGUGCAGUUCUUCGUCCAGGCACUAAAAAUGGCUCCUGACCACGAUAAAGCCUGCCUUGCCUGCCGUAAUGCCAAAGCUCUGAAAGCAAAGAAAGAUGAAGGUAACAAGGCUUUCAAGGAAGGGAAUUAUAAGCUGGCCUUCACACUUUAUACAGAGGCUCUAGCAAUAGAUCCAAACAACAGGAAAACCAAUGCCAAACUCUACUGCAAUCGUGGAACUGUUAAUUCCAAACUUGGAAAGCUAUGCGAAGCAAUAGGAGACUGUACAAGUGCUAUCAAGCUGGACGACACAUACAUCAAGGCCUAUCUAAGAAGAGCACAGUGCUACAUGGACACAGAGCAGUAUGAAGAUGCUGUGAGAGAUUAUGAAAAGGUUUACCAGACAGAGAAAACUAAAGAACACAAACAGCUACUCAAGAAUGCACAGAUGGAAUUGAAAAAGAGUAAGAGGAAAGAUUACUACAAGAUCCUGGGUGUGGAUAAGAAUGCAUCUGAAGAUGAAAUUAAAAAAGCAUACCGGAAACGGGCCCUAAUGCAUCACCCAGAUCGGCAUAGUGGAGCAAGUGCUGAAAUCCAAAAAGAGGAAGAAAAGAAAUUUAAAGAAGUUGGUGAAGCCUUUACCAUUCUCUCUGAUCCAAAGAAAAAGGCCCGCUAUGACAGUGGCCAGGAUCUAGAGGAAGAUGGCAUGAAUAUGGGAGAUUUUGAUGCUAAUAAUAUCUUCAAAGCUUUCUUUGGAACACCUGGAAGUUUUAGUUUUGAAGCUUCUGGACCUGGGAAUUUCUUUUUCCAGUUUGGCUAAACUGAGGAACAGAUCCAUUUUAUCCACUGAAAUCCACAGUUUCCCUGACCUGCUUCAUUUAAUUUCAAGUUUCAUCUUCCCUUCAUUGCAUCUCAGCAUUUCUUAGGGCUGUGGCAUUUUUUCUGUUGGAAACAUCAAUUUUUUGUGUGUGUGCUUUAGAGUGUGAUGAGAAAACCAGCAUUUGAAGAGAAGGGAACUAUUAAGAAGUACACAUUUUUGUUUAUUUUGUUCUUAAUUUUAUAUAAAAGAGAGUAAGAGAGAAACAUCUGUAGAUUUCUGCAUUAAGUAAUUUAAGAUUCCUAAGCUGCUGGGACUUCAUUCAGGGAAUCCUUACAUUUUGAAAACUGGAUAUGCCAUGGCCUUUAUUGGGUUCACAAUGUGGGGAAAGUGAAAUGAGUUUUUCUUUUUUUACUUUGGUCUUAUUGUACUGACUGUAGCCAUAUUGAAACCUUAUUUCCAGAAACAUUUCAGACACUUGAGAAAUACAAAGAAGUUUUACUGCAUUAUUCCCUGAGUCAUUUUUGGAAUAAGAGUUGCCUCUUCUCAGCACUUUCUCUUAAUAUUCCCAGAGUCUCUUUCUUUGAGGAACACUUUAUGUUUCCAAUUGCUUGAGUGCUUCAGGAAAAUGGUAAGGGCUGAUUUCUUGCAUGGACAUCCCAUUUUGAUGGUGGCUUCCAGAUCAACAUGUACACUUGAUUUCAUUGAAAAGCGCAUAAAGUCUGAAGUGAUUGUCAAGUGUUAUGAAGGGUGUGUGUGUGUGUGCGUCUGUGUGUUGUUAGAUCUGCAGUGCAUAUUUCACAUUUCCACAUCAACAUGUGAUGUCAUGGUUCUUACUUGCAUGUUCAAGUCCACUGUACGUGUUGGAAUCUCUUAAAAUUAAUUGGAAUUUCAGAAACCAUUUUUGAUGUUGAGAAGAUUUUUCAGAAUUCACCAACAAUGUAUUGAAAGUUUAAAAGAAGAAAUUCAGCAUUAUUUGAGGGGAGGGAACUCUUAUUAGUAGCUAACCACACUGAAGUUCCUGAUAUCUUUUUACGUUUUGCUCAAUAUUUGUACCAUAUUGACAAAUAUUAAUCCAUAAUAUCAUUUCAGCUGUGGACAAUUAGCUCAUUCCUUUUUCCACAAUAGUAAAAAUCAUAAGUAGACUAUCAUUUCUAACAAUAUUGAGGUUGAACCACUUUAUAUUAGGUGCAGUUUUCACCACUAACUGAAACUCCUCCUUAGUUUUCCUCAAUUCAGACCAUAUUGGGAGAUGAGGGAAUCUGAAAUCUCAGUGUAUCUAGCGAAUAUCAAAUUGGGAAAGGUUAGCCUGGAAGAUCAAUACUGUGAUUAAUUCAAUAUAAGAAAUGAUUGAUGUUUGUGUUACAACCAUUAUAGCAGCUUUUCUAUUUUAUGAGGCUAGGGAAAAGGUAAUCAUUUCAAAAAUGUAAUCAUUUUUAAACUAUUCUUAUUCUUGGACUUCUGCUCAAUGAAAUGUUAUAGAUUGGUCCAAUAUGAAACAUUAUUUCAAGAGAGGCUUAGAUUAUGUCCUGGGAAUAAUCCUUUAUUUUUCAAACUUUUCAGUUAAUGGGUUCUGACAAACUUUAGAAAUAGCAGUAAAUUAGAUUUUGUCUGCAUCAUUUCCUUUAAUAGUUCCAUAACAAGAUAUCAAAGAAAUGCAGUCUAUUGAGAAAUGGCCAGGAAUUAAAUGAGAAGCUAAAGAGGGAAGAGAAUAAACUCAGGAUCUUGACCUCAGUCAAGAUUGCAUGCCUAUUCCUGGCCAGCAAAUGGUAAAUACUGAAUUGUUCAGGAUUUCAUUGGGUACUCAAUUUCUAUUGGUAGAAUUUAUUGUAUUUGGUUAAAGGCGUAUAUUUAAAUGAGUUAUUUGGUGGAAUUGUGUCCAUUCUCAAUUAAGAGUUAUGACAAACAGGAUAAUCAGAAACUGGCACAAAAAGCUAUGCAAUCAACGAUCUCCCUCUUCAUCACUUUAUAUGGAAAGAAAUUAAAACAACAGCAUAUCAUCUUCAGACGGAGGUGUCAAGAAUCAAUCCUGGCAUCCUGUGAAUUUUCUAUUUUUUAAGAUGUUCUGGCUCUGCAAUAAUUGUACUUUAAAACUUCACACAGAAAUAUAAGAAUAUUAAAAGUUUCAAUGGAUGGCAGCCAGAUUUUCUGAUCAUCUCUACACAGCUGGCAGUAGUAAUAAGAUUUUUUUUGUGGAGCGGUGGUGGUGGGGGGUCAGAUCCAAAGGUCAAUGAGAAAUGGUUCCUGAAUCUUAAAACUGAUUGCAACCUAAAAAGUGAUGAAUGCUGUAUUACUUUGCCUUUCUAAUUUGCUUUUUAUUAUCUACAAUUCUCAUUGCAGUCUUUAAGGAUGUUCUGAUACAACAAUGUUUGCAUUAUAUAUUAGGCCAUCUAUAACCUGAUUUAGAAAUUCUCCACCCUAGUAAUAAUCAUUUUAUAAUUUGAAUUUGGUUCUUAGCUCUCAAAUUUUGUUUUCGUUUUUUAAUUAGCCAAGCUAUAUUUAAGAGGUACCAAAAACUAUGUGUGACUGAUAAAGGAUUAAUUAUCUAUCUGGCUGAGGCUUGGAGUAUACCUAUAAAGAUAUACAUUGUCAGAAUGUUGUAGUGAUCAUAAUAAGGUGAAAUGAUACAUUGCCUUUUUGAUAUUACCCUUAUAGAAACUUCCUGAGAAUAAAGAACAGAUAUAGAGAGGAUCUCGAACAUUCUUUUUACUGCUAGUUAGGUUGCCACAGGAGGAAGGCAUAUAUUGCUGGUAAUGUUAAGUAAUAUCACUUAACCAUUUAAAAGUACCACUUUUCCCCAUAAUAUGUGUACACAAAAUCUAUAAGCAGGGAAUUAAGAGCCAAAACUUUCUCAUGUAGCAAUGCAUGAGACAAUUUCUUUGGUGAUGUAGAUCUAAAAGCAGCAUAUUUUAGGGAAAGUUGCCAUUUUUGCCUAUUUUCCUGUACACUUGAACAGGUGUUCUUGCAUGCAUUGUAGUCUCUUUGCUGUACAAAUACAUUUACAAGGAAUUCCUGAGCAGAAGACAGGUAGGCUAAUGUUCAAGCCACCUGAAGAAAGGCUUGUUUGGAUAGGAAUAGAUAGCAUACCAUUCUAGACUUCUUAAAAAUACAUCUGUUGCAUGUUCUGUUUUUAAAAUAGCAUCCUGUCCCCUUUACUCUCUCCUGUGGAUAAUUUCAGACACAUGGAUAGCCAUACCGCCCCACUUCAACUUUUCACUUAUCAAAGGUGAAGAUUAUUUAAACAAAAAGUGGCGACUGUUCAUUAAGCAGGAUUCCUAAUGUGUUUAUAUGCAGAAUUUUGAACCAGACUGAAGCAAACCCAUAUGCAAUUGAUAUUAAUUUUAUUAUAAAAUGUAUAUGAUGUACAAAAAAUAAACACUCCGGAUCUCAUUGGUGACUUAUGCUUCUUUAAACUGAGUAGACACUGCUGAGACUGUGAGUGUGGUGACAUGAUGCUGGAUUGAAUAAUUGGGGGUUGGGGGAAUCCCAAAAAUCUGUGGUGGUUAAUGUUAAAAUUGUAGUAGCUUUUUUUGUUUAGUUGUUUGUUUGUUUUUUACAGUAAGAGAAGUAGACAGGAAGACUACCAGUGCUAAAAUUGAGAAGAGAUCCAGAGGUUUUGAUUAUGUAUUAGCACUGUUCAAUUUCUUUUUUAAAAAGUGCUUCACAACACAGGUCUGUAUUUGAAUUACUUCUCUUGGAAUCCUUAAAGGAGCCAUGCCUUCUUGCCUCAUAUAGCUGCUGUAGAAGUGCUCUGGCUCUCUUCCUGUGGAUGGCUGCUUCACUACGGGGUCAUCCGGAGACUCAAGGAGCACUUCCAAAGCAGCAUCCAUGAGAAUCUUUCAUAAGAAGAAAUGACUCGUAAACUACAGUUAACAUCUGUACCCAAUUUAAUUCCUUUCCCUAUAGACCUAUGAAAAGUCCAAUCUCUUCUCUGCAAAUAAUCUGAAACUUCAGGUAGCAAAGGCUUGAGUAAAGAGUUCCAUAUCAAUCAGCCUAAUGUAAAUAUCAACACAAACAUUUUCUGCAUGUUAAUACAUUUAUUUCAGUGUAUUUUACAGUCACUAUGAAUCUUAACUACUUUGUAAAGCAAAACAAGAAUUAUUGUUUCAAGUUACAUCAAUCAGAACCAUUGAAAUGUGCUACUUCUAGUUUUUUUUUAAAAAAAAAAGCUUUGACCAUAUUUGAGUUGUAUUAACAGUAAUUUGAUGUUUAAACAACAAAUAUUUAAGAACUGACACAAAUAUUUUGCAAAUGCAAGUUACAUUGUUUCCUGAGCAAUAGCACAACCAGUUUUUUCUUGUAUAGCUAAGCAUUCAAGAAAAGUAAAUGACCCACCUAUCUUCCUUUAUAUAUUGGAUGUCUAUAAUUCUAAGUUUCAAGUGAUGUAUGUUUUGUAACUUAUUUCAUAGCUUUCAUUAUAUAAUUGGUUAACAAGCUCCCAUUUUAAACUAACUCCCAUCUAGAGCAUAUUGAAUGUGAGCAUAGCAAAAACACAACCAGCAAUUACAUAGACAACUAUUAUUGUCAUUGUAUUCACAUUGAUGGUUAAAAAAGAGUCUGCCCUAAUCCAAUGUCCUUGUCAUAUGUUUGAUUUUCUAUAAUCCAAAAUUAACCUGUCUUAAAGUCA